CGUGUUUCCGUCGUCGUAGACGGAGCUGUAAUUCAUCAUCAUACGGUGGCGGUGGUGUGGAUUUCAGUAAUGUCACGUACCAUUCAACGGACACCAAGCGUCUCGGAUUGAUCAAAGCUCGUAACGAAGACAAACAGAGAAAAAGAGGGGAAGGUCAAUGCUCGUAGAUAUAUAUUUUGACAACUGAAACGAGAUCUUUAUCCCUCAUUUCUCCAUCUUUUUCAGAAAWUUUUAUCGAAGGUCGUUCCACAUUGUAAGAAAAUCCGUGUAAUUUGUUGCAGUGAGGGAGACAUCGUAACGUGAUCGUUUUCGCUGCUCUGUUUUUGAAGCUCUUAAAGAGAUUUCUUAACGAAUGUUCGAGAUCUCCGACGAAGUGCUUAACGUAUAGAACUGCUUUUGCUAUUUUGCACAUUGGUGGAGAUUGGGGGAACACAAACUUAUUGGAGAAGAGGCUUUAUAUGAGCCUAUACCGAACAAUUCAGAAGUGAGGAUUUGUUGAAUAUGCCAUUCAGUUGUUUAGUUGGAGACAAUACCAAAGAAGACGCCACCAACAAAGAAUUAAGAAACAGAAUUCAAAUGAAAAACGGGGUUUCUCAUGGGAGAUCACAUAUCGUUCCUGAAAACUUUGAUCCACGAUCAUCGCCGUCUUCAACCGAAGGUAGCAAAUGGGAUAAUUUGCCGGUUGAGUUACUUCUUGAUAUAAUCCAGCGUGUGGAGGCUAGUGAGACCUCAUGGCCUGCUAGAAGAGACGUUGUUGCUUGUGCUACAGUUUGCAGGUCGUGGAGAGAUACUGUAAAACAGCUCGUUAAAACUCCAGAGCAAUGCGGAUUGAUCUCAUUCCCCAUGUCAUUAAAGCAGCCUGGACCAAGAAACGAGCCAAUUCAAUGCUUUAUAAGGCGGGAUAGGGCUACUUCCACGUAUCUGUUAUAUCUAGGCUUGAGCCCAGCACUAGCUGGGGAUGCAAGUAAGUUGCUUUUGGCAGCGAAGAAAGUGAGAAAGGCCACGAGGACAGAGUUUUUGAUAUCUUUAACUGUUGACGGAUUUUCUCGAGCUAGCAAUACUUAUGUUGGGAAGCUAAGUUCAAAUUUCCUCGGCACCAAGUUUUCAGUUUACGACGUUCAGCCUUCUUACGACUCUACAAACAAGGCGAUACCUAAAUGUGGUUCAAAGAAGGUAUCACCURUGGUUAAAUCUAAAGUGUCCGUCAUAUCAUACGAGCUUAACGUUCUGCGCACAAAAGGACCAAGAAGAAUGCAUUGCACCAUGAACUCAAUCCCCACCUCUGCAGUUGAAGAAGAUGGCACAGCUCCUACUCCACCAACAUUCGCAGAUCAAACCGAUCAGGAUUUCUCAGAUUCAACUCGAAAAACAUAYGAGAAGGAGCCACUGGGAUCAUCAGCUUUUGAGAAAAGCAAUCCAUUGAUUAUGAGAAACAAGACACCCAGGUGGCACGAGCAGCUGCAGUGUUGGUGUCUAAACUUCAAAGGCCGUGUUACAGUGGCAUCGGUUAAGAACUUCCAGUUGGCAGUCGAUCCAUCCCAAAAUGGUCGAUCUAUAGAACAAGAUGACGUGAUACUACAAUUUGGGAAAAUCGGGAAAGAUAUCUUCACGAUGGAUUAUCGAUACCCGCUAUCUGCAUUUCAAGCAUUUGCGAUAUGUUUAAGCAGCUUUGACACUAAACCGGCAUGUGAAUGACAACGUUAUAUAUGUUUGAUCGAU